AUAAUGUCUGUUGUGGACAAAAUUAAGCAUUAUCAGCGAAAUAUUGAAAAAUGCGAUGACAAUCACGAUAGAAUACUACAUUGUAUUUCCAAAUUAUCCAAUUUGCCAGUGACAGUACAACAUCUUCAAGAGACUGGUGUUGGACGUACAGUAAAUGCUUUAAGGAAAUAUGAAGAUGGCAUAGGUGAAGCUUCUAAGGCACUUGUUGCAAAAUGGAAAGCUAUGGUUGCAAGUGAGGAAACUAGCGAUGGAGAAGAUGAGGAUGAAGCUUGCAUUCCUGAUGCACCUGAAAGUUACAGUGACGGUCAUGAAUCUCCAAAGACUGAAGAAAAUUUUAUAAGAUACAACAGCGAAGAAAGUGGGAAACAUUUACAAAGGCAUAAGACAGAAAAGAUUGAAAUAUCAAAUACAGCACAUAAUAAACAUAUAUCUAAACAAGAAUCAAAAUUAAAAUCUGACAAAAGUCAGUCAAAGUAUACUAGUGAUGCUGCCAAAAGUUCUGGUAGUGACUUAGAGAAGCAAAAGAAACAUGACAAAGAUAAGCAUAGUCAUAAACAUCAGUCUCGAAACGAAAAAGAAUCUUUAAAGGAUUAUAAAAGUGCCUCUAAGAAAGAUGAAGUUCAUGUGUCUAAACACCACAGUCAUAGUAAACCAGAAAAUCUAGAAAAAUACUUGAAUAAAUCUUCUGACAGUAAUACUUCACUUAAAAACAAUGAAGAAAAUCAUAAGAAACGGAAAAUUGAAGGUUCCAGCACUCUAAGAAAGGAAAGCAAACGAAGAAAAAAUUCAGAAAGUGAAAACGAUGAAGGCAAACUUCAUGUGUCUUCUACUUCAGAAAAACAUAACAGUACACCUAGUACAGUUAAAAUAAAAGAAGAGCCCAAGGACAAAGAUGUCAUAAAUAAGAAUGAAAUUAAGCAUGAGAAGAAAGAUUCUCAGGAAAAAUUAAAAGGAAGCUCUAGUAAGCAUAGAAGUGAUUCAUCGAGUAAUAAGUUAAAAGACAGUGGAGAGAAAAAUAAAUGCAAGAGUGAUAGUCAAACAAAUCAUAAUAAAGAUGAAUCAAAAAAAGCUGAUGAUCAUCAUUCCAAUAAAGAAUCUUCAGAGUCAAAGCAUCGUAAUAGUUCCUCUAGUGAUAAAUAUUGUGAUAAAAGUAAAGAUAGAAGUAAAAAAAAAGAUCAUACUGAAGGAAAAAGUAAACAUGAAAGCAAAGGUAAUAAGGAUGCAAAGCACUCCAAGCAUGGAUCAAAGGAACCAAAGGAAUCAGUAAAAGUUAAACAAGAAAUUAAUGGGGAUGAGGGAAUAGAUUGCAAUUCUGGUGCUAGUUUUGCUGAGGCACUUGGUAUGUGUACAGUGGCUCAGCCAUCGAAGAAACGUAUUAACAAUACUGCAAGCACAAGUUCUACAAAACCAGUUAAAGUGGAACAAUUGACUAAUAUUAAAAAAUCAGUACCGAAGAAUGAAUCAGUGAACAGUGAUCCUUUACAACCACCUUCUCUUUUGUCAUCAAAUGUAAAGUUAGAACCAUUAAGUGUGGAUUUGGCAUCUACGUUGCCUGAGAUUAGUCCAAAUUAUAAACCACUGCCAUAUGUUAACCCUGUGCAUCGUAAAGAGGAAGAUAAAUGUCUUACGGACGUGAUAUAUGUAAAAAAUCAAAGGACAAAAGUGUAUUCAGGAAAUAAAUCUGGCUACACAACUGUACCUACCCUGUUUGAAAUAUGUACGCAAGUACUAAUAGAAAAUAUUGAUGCUCUUGAAUUUACUGGCGGUGUACCUUUUGACAUCAUAAAACCAGUGUUAGAACGUGCAACACCAGAUCAGUUGUUUAUGUUAGAACAUUAUAAUCCUUAUUUAAUUGAAGAUACAGAUAGUUUGUGGCAGUUUCACUGUAAUCGUGAAUUUAGGAGCAAACAAAGGGAAGAAAUGGAAACAUGGCGUGAAAUGUACAUGCGCUGUUUGGAUGAGAGAGAAGCAAAACUGAAAACGCUUACAGCAAAUAUAAAACAAUCAAUUAAUAAAUCUAUCCCUGUAAGAUCUGCAAAACUUGCAUAUGCGGAAAAUAUUGUUAAGCCUCCGAGAAAUGUUCUUAAAAAGCAAGCUAAAUACGGAACUGCAAAUUCUGUACCUGCUACUACAUCUAGUUUAAAGAAAAAAUUAAUCAGUGGAGGUGGUCCUACAUCUGCAACAAACAUUUCUGUUCCACCACCACCUAUACAUCGUGCAAAAACGUCCUCUGGUAACGUUAAGAAAACAAAAGCACCUCUGAUGGCAAAAGCUUUGCAAUUAAUAAAAGGACGUUACAAGCGGUAGUUCAU